UAGUGUAGGAAGUAAUGAAUGGUUGGCUGCACAGUGAUGGAAUAAGGCACUAGACAGGAUGACCUUUUACCCUGCCUUAAUUUUUUUUGACAGAUUUUACCAGUUAAAUUAGCCAAAAAGCAUGCAAAUGAUGUUUAAUGUGGGGAAUACAGCAUUCAGUCACUUUAACUAAGUUAGUGUAUACUCACUAUAGGGCACUAAAGCACUAACACAGACUCAUAAUUGGACUCAAUGAGAGUCGUAUAGAAGUUCAAGCCUCAAAAUCUUGCACCGGUCCUGAUACACUAACCGCUUUCACAGCCGUAGCACCUCUCUCUCUGCUCCCCGGUCCUCCACCCUCAGUAGAAGCUGCUGUAUUUCCUGGACCUAUUUGUCUAAGGGAAGUGCUAAAAUAAGCAUUGGAGUGGCUGGAGACAAGCACAUCUCUUUCCCACCACUUUGUUGCUCCGCUCUGAAGCAACCGGCUUUCCUGGUUGUUUUUGGCCGUAGGAGAAGAACUGUGCCAUGGAUAAAAGGAUAUCGAUCUUCAUCUUUUCAUGUUUUCUCCUUACAUGGACAGGCAGUGAUCCUGAUGAGCCUGGGGCUGAACCAUCCAACAAAGACCCUCCAAGUUCUGGCGAAUCUGGUUCUACUAAAAGUCCAACCAAUAGCAGUGAUCCUGAUAAGCCUGGGGCUGAACCAUCCAACAAAGACCCUCCAAGUUCUGGCGAAUCUGGUUCUACUAAAAGUCCAACCAAUUCUUCUGGUACCAGUUUAUCUACUGGUGGAUACGGUCCUUCUCCAGCCAAUGGUUCACAAGCAGACACACUUAGAGAUCCUUCAGAACAUGGUUCUGUUCCACAUAAUUCUACAGAUAGCACUGAAUCUGGAUCAUCAACCUCUGAUAACAUGGAGUCCACAAGUCCUGCAUCAACAAUGCCAAACAUUUCCGUAGAAAAUCAAACAGACACCUCUACAACUCAAAAGUUAGAUACUGCUUCUCCCACCAAAAACACAAGUCUGUCAAAAGAUUCAUCAACCAGGAGCCCUACAACAUUACCAAAACUCAUUGCAGCAGCAACAAAAGUUCCUUCUGGGUCCAGUGAAAACCGCAACGAAGAGGAAAAAUUCAUAGAAACGUCAGACAAAAAAUACCUGUGGAUUUUGUUACCUGUUCUGUGUGUUCUCCUGGCAGCAAUCGCAUGUUUGAAAUUCAAGUGUAAAAAAGUCCAGCAUCGACCAGAGAUGACAGACAAUGGAACAGAAAAUGCUUCUUUCCAGAGGACAGACAGUAACAAAGAUGGUGUUAUGCUGUUAGGAGUGAACAAGACACCAAGUGGAGAGGAAAAUGCGAUUUGAUGGUAAAUGAUUUGCUUCUUUAUAAUUACUGUGUGAAUAUAUGUGACCACAGAAAACAUUGUGACUGCAGCCCUGCAACACCUAUCAAAAGGAAGGGGGCUUUUGGAUUGUUUGUAAAACAGGCAUUUCUUUUUAUAUAAGUACAAUGAUUUAAUAAAAUAUUUCAGUAACAACAAAUAUCAAGUUUCAAUUGGCUUUAUAUUGAACUUAUACAUAAAGCAAAUUAUUCCGAAAAUAUUUCAAGACACAGAUCUAUAAACGUAAAAUACUGUACAUAAUAUAUAAACAUUCUUUUAUUACAUUCCUUUUCAUAAUUGUUGAAAUCAGCAUGAUGGUUCCUCGCUGUUAGCAAGACAGUGAUCUAAUCGUAUUUUUUUCUAUAUCCAAAUUGUUGUUUUUCCCCCUCAUCUGUCCACACCCUUCCCUCCACUGUGUUCCAUCGCUCUCUCCAUCUCUAAACACUCAGAGGAAGCCAAGGGUUUUUAAUAUCUCAUUGUUGAUGACUGGAGAGCUGGGGCUGUAGCCCUGCAGUACAGUAGAAGGUGUUUCCUCCCAUUUAAUAAGAACACUACACUACCAGCAUUGCCCUGCCUCCACUCCCAUUUCCCAAACGCCACCCAUUUAAAGAUCAUUCUGAGAUUGAAGAUAAGCCCUUCAACUGCAAAACACUAUCAGUUUUACAAAGGGACCGUUCUGUGACCCCAGAGACCGUGCUAUGGCAUAAACAAAAACAGCUCAGUGUGCUGCUCAAAGCAUUUUAAUUUUAGUCAAUUAAAUGUCCAUUGUUUCUUUGAAAAGAAAGUAUAAAUGAGUACUGUGACUUUGAGAGCUGUUGUGUCCCGAUUCAGAAGGCCAAUGCAACCUUGUUGUUGCGUUCCUGUUUACUGCCUGUAAAUGUCUGGCAUGAACCAUUUAUCAAUCUUUUUAUACUGUAUAAGCCAUUAUAAAUAUGAUCAAAUGUUGCAUUUUGAUUAUGUGUAAAGCAGUCCACAUAGGCUGUGCAGUGCCUUGCAAAAGUGUUCAUCCCCCUUCAUUUUAUUCACAUUUUGUUAUGUUGCUGCCUUAUCUUAAACUACUUUUUUACAUUAAUCUACACUCCAUGCACAAUAAUGACAAAAACACAGAUUUGUGACAACUUUGAAAAUGUAUUAAAAAUAAAAAAUAAAAAUAACUAAAUUACAUCAGUAUUCAUACCCUUAACUCAGCGCCUUUACAGACUCAACUCUUUUUGGGUAUGAUGUGACAAGCUUUAUACAUUUGCAUUUGGCAAUUUUCUGCCAUUCUUCUCCUCAAACUCUGUCAGGUUGGAUGGAGAUCAUCAGUAGACAGAUAUUUUCAGGUUUCUACAGAGAUGUUCAGUUGGGUUCAAGCACUAGCUGGGCCACUCAAGGACAUAGACAGAGUUGUCCAUAAGCCACUCUUGCAUUGUUUUAGUUGUGUGCUUAGGAUCAUUGUCAUGUUGGAGAAUGAACCUUCUGCCCUGUCCGAGGUUCUGAAUGUUCUGGGCUAGGUUUUCAUGAUCAUUAUCUCUGUAUUUUGUGCCGUUGAGCUUUUCUUCUAAUCUGACAAAUACCUCAGUACCUGCAGCUGAAAAACACUCUCACAUCAUGAUGCCGUUUCCACCACCACACUUUACUGCUGAGACGAUAUUGCACAGGUGUUGAGCAGUGCCUGGUUUUCUCCAGACAUGAUGCGUGAAACUGAGAUUCAUCAGAGUCUGGCCACUCUGUUAUAAAGCCCAGAUUGGUGGAGUGUUGCAGUGAUGUUUGUCCUUCUGUAAAUUUCUCCAUAUAUGAUCAUAGAGCUCAGAGUGAUCAUCAGCUUCUUGGUCACCGCUCUAACCAAGACCCUUCCUCAUUGAUGGCUCAGUUUGGACAGGAGGUCAAAGUAAGAGAUCUGGUGGUUCCAAACCUCUUUCAUUAAGGAUUAAUGGAGUCUUCACGCUUCUGUGAACCUUUAAUUUAAUACAACCUUUUCAGAAGUCUUCCCCAGAUCUGUGUCUUGAUACAAUCCUGUCUCAGAGCUCUACUGGCAGUUCUUUUGACCUCAUGUCUUGGUUUUUACUUUGAUAUGCAUUUUCAGCUGUUGCACCCUUUAUAGAGAGGUAUGUGCCGCUCCAAAUCAUAUUAUUCAAUUGAAUUUGGCACAGUUAACUCCACUCGAAGUGUAGAAACAUCACCAAGCAAAACUAAUGCUUCUGAGCUAAAUUUCAAGUGUCCCAGAAAAGGGUAUGAAUACGUUUUAAAUUUUUAUAAAUUUGCAAAGUUGUCACAAAUCUGUUUUUUUGUUUUGUCAUUAUUAUGCAUGGAGUGUAGGUUAAUGUAAAAAAAUAAUUUAAAGUAGUUUAAGAUAAGGCAGCAACAUAACAAAAUGUGAAUAAAAUGAAGGGUGAUUAAUACUUUUGCAAGGCACUGUACGUUCACACAUUAAAACUAUUUCGAUUUUAGCAUGAGAUAAUAUGGAAACGCAGACUGUGACUGGUUUACUUUUAAGUGAAAAUAACAGACCUCUGUAAGAUUCGUAUUUAAAAAUGAUGGUAGAGGGGCCACCUUUUUACUUUUAUUAUUUUAUGACACAAAAUCUUGCUCGUCACUUUUUCUCUUCUGAUUCUCUUCAGGAGCUACUGUUUUAAUGCAAAAAUUUAAAGCACAAUUCUUCCCUCUAGUGGAUAGAUUAUGUAUUACAAUAACUCUGAAAGGCCUUGUUCCUGCUAAAACGAUGUAAAAUGCAGAGAUAUGUAUAGUACUUGAGUAUUUUACUCUUAGGGAUCAAGUAUCUUUACUUUAUUUACUAGUGCUUUUAUUUUGGAAAUAUUUUACUUCCAUACAUUAUAAAUCCUACAUUAUAAAUCAUAGCAUAUAUCAUAUAUAUAUGUACAUGUACAUUUAAAAAAGUACAUUAAAAGUCAAAGUACUGUCUUACUUUUACUCAAGUAAUUUAGUUAAAAGUAAUUUUACAAGAGUAAAAGUAAGAUAGUAGGUUUUUAAUGUACUUAAGUAUUAAAGGUAGAAAACAUGUAAAAAAGUAUUUUAUGAAAUGUAGUGGAGUAAAUUAUAUGUACAUAUAUGCUUCAUAAUGUAGUGAAGUAAAAAUUUAGUAGAAACACUUGAUAAAUGUACUUGAGUAAAAUACUCAAGUACUAUACACCUCUGGUUAAAUGUUUGAUUAUUAAUUUAGAGUAUAUAUCAUGUAAUAUGAAAACACUAUAAGCUGCACAAUAUGGCAAAUGCAUAAAUGUGAAUUUCUGUAAAUGUAUUGAUCACAUUAUCGUUAUCACAAUUAAUUACAGACGCUGCAAGAUAAAUAGCAAACAGUACUGCAAGAAAAUCUGAAACGUUUCAAUACAUUGUUUUAUUAGGAUUUUAAACUAUUUAUACAACUUACCUUACCUUAGCAGUCAUUUUCAGUGACAAUAACUUAAAUCUUAAGUGGAAAAGCUUAGUUAAAUAAAGUGUGAUUUGCAACUUGUCACAUAUUUGUGCAUAUUGUUUUUUUACUUGAUUUCCACUCGUUCCUAGUUUGUUAUUUGUACAAAUAAGUGUAAUUUGUCAUGAAAAUAGUUCCUUUAAAUUGUUUAAAUUGCCCUUUUUAAUCAUUCACAAGUUUUGUGCCUACAUUGUUGGUCACUAUGGUUUUAGAUGUUUUUAGAUACUUUUAGCGAAUGUUCAACUUUAAGAAGUUUUUCAACAAAUGUUUCAACUUAUUUUACUUUCAAACUGUAUACAAAUACAUUUUUAUUUUUUCUUUGUCUCCAAAUAUUCAGCCAAUAGUAAAUUGACUUUGUAUAAUUUAAGAUGCUGUUAAACGUGUUGUAUUAAACAAACUUACAUUUACCUGUUUUUUUAUUAAGUUGAUGGGCUGCAAUGUUAAGAGAAUUAAACUGUUUUAUUGUCAUUUUUGUUGUCAAAAUGUAAUUAAAAGUUU